AAGAUAACUCGUUUGAUGGGAGAGCAAGCCAAGCACUUAAUUUUAUAUGGAGGCACUUUGGUACCUACUUUCAACUUCAGCUCGAAAAUGAUUGCGAAAUGGAGAAUUUUGGGCAUCGUAUUGCUGCUUGGAAACAGUAUAGCUGCAAAUCCUAUAGCAGUAAAACCCGUGGUGGCUACUGAAUUUAUCAUACUACACAAUAAUGAUAUGCAUGCCCGAUUCGAGCAGACGAAUGCGAACAGUGAGAAAUGCCCGCCUGAGGAUGUCAGCAAGGAUAAAUGCUUUGGUGGCUUUGCACGUGUAGCCCACGAAGUUGGAAAAUACCGAUCAGACGCCAAAAAUGGAGGGACUCCCGUGUUUUAUUUGAAUGCUGGUGAUACGUAUACGGGAACCGCGUGGUUUACAAUCUUUAAGAAUAAAAUCGCCAGUGAUUUUCUCAACAAACUGCAACCGGAUGCUAUGUCCCUGGGAAAUCAUGAGUUUGAUGAGAAAGUCGAGGGUCUGAUACCCCUCCUGAACGAUGUGAAUUUCCCCGUGCUCGCCUGUAAUUUGGAUCUUACUAAUGAGCCCGAAAUGGCUGCCACUAAGCAUUUGGCCAAUUCGACAAUAAUUGAAACAAAUGGUACUAAAAUUGCUGUAAUCGGAUAUGUGACGCCAGAUACGAAAUUGCUUUCAUUGAAAAACAAUGUGGAAUUCAAAGAAGAAAUCGUUUCUAUCAAUGCAGAGGCGGCAAAACUGAAGGCUCAAGGCUUCAAAAUAAUUAUUGCCUUGGGUCACUCUGGCUAUAAAAAGGAUUUGGACAUUGCGGCAAACUGUCCGGAAGUCGACAUUGUUAUUGGUGGACAUACAAACACCUUCCUUUUCAAUGGAGAGAAACCAAGUGUGGAGAGUAUUGAUGGUCCAUAUCCCACGGUAGUUACUCAAAAGAGUGGAAAACGGGUGCCGGUAGUUCAGGCAUACGCCUAUACAAAGUAUUUGGGCAAGUUACAUGUGAAGUUUGAUAAAGAUGGUAAUUUAAUUGAAUUCAAUGGAUCGCCGAUACUACUCGAUGCGGCUGUGCCACAAGACGAGGAAAUACUUAGGCUAUUGGACCAAUACCGGGUGAAUGUUACGGCCCUAGAGGAGUCGAUUGUGGGCCAUAGCAAGGUGUAUCUGGAGGGACGAAAGAUCGCCUGCCGUUCCGUAGAGUGCAAUAUGGGAAAUCUAAUCACCGAUGCGAUGAUCUUCAGUCGAGUAUUAGAAGAUCUGGGCGGUGAUUAUUGGACAGACGCAGCGAUUGCUCUACAUCAGGGUGGAGGCAUACGUAGCUCAAUUGAAAGGAAAUCCGAUGGCAUUAUCACACAGAGCGAUCUACUGACGGUCCUGCCCUUCGAGAAUGAUCUUUAUGUGACGAGAAUCACAGGCAAGGCGAUUAGGAAUGCCCUCGAGCAUGCGGCUGCAGUUCGAUAUAAGGACUCCGACGGGGCAUUCCUGCAGGUAUCCGGUAUCCAUGUUGUCUACAAUCCGGAUAUGCCCGAGGGCCAUCGUGUGGUCUCCGUAGAAGUGCGUUGCGCCAGCUGUUUGGUGCCGAUGUAUAGCAGUUUAAAUGACUCCUCCUACUACAAUGUGAUUGUGCCUCAGUUCAUAUUUGAUGGUGGCGAUGGCCAUGUCAUGAUCGAUGCAUCCAAUCCGGUGACGAUGCGUAUGCAGAAAACAAUUCUUGAAGCUGUGCACCAGUAUCUCAAGUAUCACGACUUUGUCUAUCCGGCAGUGGAGGGACGUAUUGUGUUUAGAGGAUCGGAUGACUACAAAUCGACAGCAUCGUCCAUUAGCAUGAUGAGCUGUGUGGCAAUGAUGCUCUUCUCAUUGAUAGUCAGUCGAGAAUUUUAAGAAAUCGCCAUAUAAAUAUUUCAAUAUUAAUUGGUAUUUAAAUACUGAAAGCUUUUUAAAAUUAUUUUGAAAGAAAAUGAACAAGCCAUUUACAUAAGC